AUGCCGGAAGAACGAGCCCCAAGCUCAAUCAAAACGGCGACCAAAAAAGCAAUAAAUCGCCCCGUCAGCCGCCGACAUUCCUCCCGUCUAAGCUCCGGCGCCGGCGAAGUUAUGGCAGGCCAAGACACCACUACGGCCCCGCCACCCAACGCUGAAUUCGUGACCGCGAACGAACUCCUACAAAACCAACAGGCCCAACGCGAACAGCAGCAGGCCGAUGAGCUGCCGCCGAGUGACGACAUUGGUAUGUAUAAUACCAUUCACCCAACGACCGACCUACAUUAUCAUACAGAAUACCUGCCGGUCUCGCCGUUCCGGACCUCACAACUCCUCCCCUCCGAAGACGACGCCUAUAUCAUGGACAUGGAGACCACCCCGACACCGCUUCGUGUCCAGGCCCCAACGAAUCUCCUUGAUGCAGCGCUAGGUCCCGAGCCGGCUCCAACCGCCAUUAUCACUGACACCGCGAGCGAGCCCAACCCACACCCUCCAUCGACCACGACCGCUGAACACCAACAAGCCCCUGUCCCCAACCCGAAAGGGAAGGGACGGGAGAUGCAGGCCCCGACUGGAACACCCCAACAAAGCACCACCGGACCGGAGACCCUUGCGACCGAGAGUACGAGCGCCCACAAGCAGCCCAAUGUCCCACGCUCCUAUGCAAGAAUCGCAGCCCGACCCCCCUCGACCAUGCCCCCCUUCCACCUGUAUACAUUCGCAGGACCGUCCGGCUCCAUGUCCAGGCCAACCGUAGGGUCGGCACCCAGCAGUAGCACCACCCAACCUCCCCUGGUACCACGAGGCCCUAACCACAACAACCCCGAGCUGCACGACCCGCUGCUGGCAACGCUGGUGAAUGCGCACCCGCCGCCCGUGGAAUCGGCCGCCACGGCACCUCCCCUUGCCAUGCAACUCGAUGAUGAUGGGCAAAUCCAGACCCCAGCCACGAACGCCCAACCCCCGCACUCCGGAGCGCCGCCCACCUUCCCAACGCAAGCCCUGCCUCCCCCAGCAGGCACUAGCACAGCCCCCCCGGUUCCUGCGCAACAACAAACCCAACCGCUUGGUGCUACCGCGCCAGCGCUGUCAGCAACCGACCUAAUCAGUGCUUACCAGGCGGAUCUCCAGGCCAUCAAUGACCAUACACCGGGCCAACAAACCCCCAGCCACCAGUCCACGCUAGCCUCCUUCACCUCCCCUCCUCCGGGUGGUUUCCCUCAGACGUACCGAAACUCGCACGCGGAGCUCGUACGCAACCAAUCCCCAGAACACCUCCGGGAAAUCCUCGAGCACCCAUCCCCGGUCCUAGUCGCCAUCCUCCAUAACUGGAGUGGCCGAGACCUUGAAUCCCGUGGAGCGGAGGCUGCAGCGAGCAUCUGCACCACCAUUGUUGAGUUCGUCCAGGCAGUCUCGCACGAAAACACAGAUGACAUCACUGUGACCACGUCGACGCCGGCAGACCCUACUUUGGACAAUCCCCUCGCCUUCUAUGUACUCGGUGUCCCCCUCGGAGUCAUCCCCAUCCUCCUAGCCCGUUACAUCAUCUCACACCCUCGGGCGACUGUCCAACUCUACACCAUACCUGCUCCUGAACCAACAGACUCCAUCCUCGUUGCCCUUGACGGCUUCACCUCCACUGACUCUGCCGCUGUCCGCCUCGCCAUUGAGAACCUCCUGCUAAGUGAACCCUACCACUGGCUGCUCCGCAGCGUGCUUGACCGCGACCCCCUCGCCACGGACGAGGAGAUGGCUGCCCGCGCCAACAAUCUCGCCCGCUCGGUUUCCGUGCUCCGUAUCGACCUCCAUGCCCCGGGCAACAUCCUUACCCCCCGAUACAUUGUACUUGCGGAGCGCUCGCCGAACACCUCACGCCCGGUCUGGUACCAGACGCGUGAGAUGAUCUUCCACCAGAAGUUCCCCACUGCCCGCCUUGGUACUGGCCACGCUAGAUUGAGGGAUGGAAUGGACCCACCUACGAGAGCUCCUGGAUCACCAAAGACGAACCCCACACAACUCACUUCUCCCAGCGUGCGCGGGGUAGAGGCCGUGGCCGAGGCCGCGGCAAUGGUCGCGGCCGUGGCCGCGGAUGGGGCGGGCGUGGACGCGGUGGAAUGUCUGGCCCAGGUUCCCCGCCUCCACCGCCGGCGGCGACACCCGGCAUCCCAGGCGUUUAACAGCCUCAUGCACAGCAAGACCCGCUCACAAUACCCUCGCUCCACUACCCUAAUCGUCCACUCCCGUCCUACUAUAUGA